UCUUUCUUUCUUGUUGGUCCAGGGUGACUUGGGUUACUCUUGGUCUUGCAGAGAAAGAAAGAAAGAUGGCAGGGGCUGGGGUUACCCUAGAAGAGCUCAAGAAGAGAUUGGCUGAGUUUGCCAAGGAAAGAGACUGGGAUCAGUUUCAUAGCCCUAGAAAUCUCCUUUUAGCCAUGGUCGGAGAAGUAGGAGAAUUGUCUGAGAUAUUUCAGUGGAAAGGAGAGGUACCAAGAGGGCUUCCUAAUUGGAAAGAUGAAGAGAAAGAACAUCUUGGAGAGGAGCUAUCAGAUGUGUUAUUGUAUCUUGUUAGGCUCUCUGAUAUAUGUGGUGUUGAUCUUGGUAAAGCAGCCAUGAGAAAGCUGGAGAUCAAUGCCAUAAAGUACCCGAUUAAGCCUUGCAAGGGCUCCUCAGAAAAAAAGCACACGCAAAUCAAUGCUGACAGCCACAACGAUGCUAGCGGUGAUGAUGUUGCAGGGAGCAUUUAUAGCGACAACAGCACCAGUAAUAGUGGGGUUUGAUUUGCUGAGAUUAUGUCACUUUUGACUUUUAGUAGGAGGCCUCCCUUGUCUAUCAGCUCUGGGCGAACAUCAAUACCAGUAUAAUAUACUUUUCUUUAUGUUUGUUGUCAUGGAACAGUCACCAGGGUCUACGUAUUCGUAUCGGAUAUUUGUAUAUUUUUUAUGCUUC